AUGAAAAUGUGGCUCUUGGGGUUGCUGGUCUGUCUGGUCCUUGGGACUGUGCAUUCAGAGGGGCCCAGAGAGCAGCGAGCAUCUGUGGAUCCUGAAGCCAACAUGAACGUAAGUGAAAUUAUCUCUUACUGGGGAUUUCCUAGUGAGGAACACCUAGUUGAGACUGAAGAUGGAUAUAUUCUUUGCCUUCACCGCAUCCCUCAUGGCAGGCUGAACUGUUCUGACAAAGGCCCCAGACCAGUUGUGUACCUGCAGCACGGCUUGCUUGCAGAUUCUAGUAACUGGAUCACAAACCUUGCCAACAGCAGCCUGGGCUUCAUCCUUGCUGAUGCUGGUUUUGAUGUCUGGAUGGGGAACAGCAGGGGAAACACCUGGUCUCGAAAACACAAGACUCUCUCAGUUUCUCAGGAUGAGUUCUGGGCCUUCAGCACUGUUUGUAAUAGUGCAAAACUGGAAAUUACCCAAAUGCCCAUCUGCAAUGGAAUAAAGUAUGGUUUAUCCAACAGUUUUAUAGCAUUUUCACGGAUCCCUGAGUUGGCCAAAAAGAUUAAAAUGUUUUUUGCCCUGGCUCCUGUGGUUUCACUCAAGUUUGCUACUAGCCCUCUAGUCAAAUUAGGACAAAUUCCAGAGCAGAUCUAUGAGGAGAUAUUUGGGGUCAAAGAAUUUCUUCCUCAGAAUGUAAUUCUGAAGUGGCUGGGGACCCAUAUUUGCACCCAUGUUAUUCUGAAGGAGCUAUGUGGAAAUGUCCUUUUCAUUCUGUGUGGAUUUAAUGAGAGAAAUUUAAAUAUGUCUAGAGUGGAUGUGUAUACGUCACAUUCUCCUGCCGGAACUUCUGUGCAGAACAUGAUGCACUGGGGCCAGAGUUAUCCUCCUACUUACAAUGUGAAGGACAUGCCUGUGCCAACUGCAGUCUGGAGUGGGGGCCGGGACUGGCUUGCAGAUGUCAAUGACAUCAAUAUCUUACUGACUCAGAUCACCAACUUGGUGUACCACAAGUACCUUCCUGAUUGGGAGCAUCUCGACUUCAUCUGGGGCUUGGAUGCUCCUUGGCGGAUGUAUAAGGAGAUUAUUGAUCUAAUGAGAAAAUAUCAGUGA